GCAGAUUGAACUGCAAAACCUUUUGUGACCUUAAAUUACUUACUUUGUAUUGACCUGUCAUUUGGCUGAGUAGGAGAUCUAAAAUACCUCUACGCAAUUCAUAUUCUGAGUUAUUUUCUUGACCGGGAAGAACUAAUGUUACUGACACGAUGCUACUGGCUUACUGGUUUUUUUUACAGAAGAAUUUCGAACUUUGUCACGCCCCACCGAACUGCACAACACAGGGAAGCAUGUCUGAGGUGGGAUGGGUCAUGGUCCAGUGAUGCAGCAAGGAGCAGAAUAACAAGCUACACCAGCUGGUUGAAUCUUUGAAGAAGACAGUGUAAAAGUUGCAUUCCGCGAUUUUAAUCCAAUACACUUUUGGUUAAAUUCAGCGAAUUGUGGACUGCAUCUGGAAGUUCUGACUACAUAAGAGAUGGCAAUGGUGCAUGGCACUAGUUGGAUUCCUGCAUAGAACAAGCAAUAACUCAUAUCUCGCCCAAUGUCAGUGACACCCACCAUGGGGUUGUGCCAACAUCUCUCAUAGUUAUUUUCGCUGAGUAGGCCUAGACUAUUUGUCGACACGAUUUGGUUGUCGUGGUAUGAUGGCUCUGAACGGUUCAAUUGUGAAUGGUCCCUUUUAGGUGUCAGUGAAAACUGCAGCUAACUUUAAGCUAGACUUGGAAAUAUUAAAAAUAUUCGAAUUGAGAGUAGAGGUUUAAUGGACUUGGAUUUACUUUCUACCUCACCUCCAUCACGGGGAUCAAAAGCUUGGAGGCACGUUACAGUGAAAUCGUACUCUGGAAGUAACCUCGACACCAAGUGCUAUCUUUUGAGCAGCGUCAGGAUCAUCUGAGGAACAUUUGUGAAGUUUGUGGUUUGAAACCGAUCCUGCCCUGCGUGUGUCCUGUUUAUUUGCAAAGAUGUGGAGGGGGAAUCAUAGAGGCAUCAGAAUCAUGCUCAUACUGUUUUAACAGUUUCACAAAUUAAAGAGCACAAAGGCGACGAAGGCCUCUGUACAACUGGCGUUCCAUUGCAACUACAUAUUGGCUCUGUUAGGCCAUAUACAAGCACUUUAUAAGCAGUUUGAGUCUCGAUGUGUUAUAGUAAUGGCAGUUCAUUACACAAACACGACUUUCUCCCCCAACCACAAUUGAUUUAGGUUGUUGUCAAAUAGCCCCUGUAAAUCACGCAGUUUUAAUGGCCAAUGAUUUAUGACUGGAGGUGAAGGAUGAUCCCUGACUAAUAUGCUUCGUAAUUGUGAUAUGAUCACAUUUGCCCUUUAGUCUACAGUAGGCCUACUUUUCUCUCAUUUAAAUAAUUAAUUAUUUUCCAUAAUUCCAUCCUGUGAAAGGCAUGUCGAACACAGAUAAUUUGUGCCAAGAUUCAGUACGCAAAAUCGUAUGUGUUGUAGGCCUAUGUCUUAAAACUUUAUAAUGAUAAAAGGGAUGAGUUUUAUAUACCGAUAUUGUUCGACUGCGUGGAACUCUAGGAGAGAGUGGAAUGCCGACAAGUCCGGUCGAUGUUUGAGGCAAGUUUUAGCAACAAGGAGUGCAUUAUGCAGAAAAUCAUUAAUCACUCCGAUUCAUUAAAAUUCUUCUGUUCUAUUGUCAUGCAGCAACAGAUGUGGACGGACACUCUGGCUACGAGAGUGAGGAAUCAUGCAAGAUAGGCUACUUCGUUUUUUCCUCCAUAUUCUUCAAGCCAUAUUCCUGGAUAACAUGAAUCACCCCAGGGAAGACGAGUUGUCAGCACAAAGGUUCUUCAUACCAAGGAGACGAUUUGGUCUGGAGGUCUUCAAAGUUGGUAAGUACACAAGUCAGAUUGCAGACUUUCGUAGUAGCCUACUCAUCCAGAUGAUAUAAUUAUAUAUUGUGGGAUAGAGGUAGGGCGUGUAAGGAAAAAAUCUAUUUGGCUUCUGCACCUCAAAACUUCCUUGACAGUGAUGGAUUGACGAAGAAUUGCAAAACAGUGUUCUAAAUGCCUGCUAUUGGACAACGUCGCACUUAAUAAGCAGCCCCUCGUUUUUUCUUCUGAUAGACUGUGGCUAUGUAGGACAUUAAGAUGAGGGGGAGAAAAUCCCGCCUGUGAAAGUAAGUCGUUAGACUGGUAAAAUAUCUUUAUAAAAGACUAUCAGUGAAAUCUGCGUCUGUCGACCACGAAGAUUUCACCCAGGCUGCUAAGAUGCUAACGCAGUGUCCGUGGCCAUAGACACUCGAAGGAUUAAUUAAUUCAGCUGCAAGAAGGCAUGGGCUGUUUUAUUUUAUUUUGCGAAAUAUGAGAGAGCUUUUGUUCGCACGUUGUUGCUAGAAAAUUGGAAAGCAAGAUAACAAUAACCCUUGAUUUUUGUUUCAACGAGUGGAAGCGAGCUAUCGCUUAUUGAUUGCUGGAAGCUUAGGUGUGAAAUGCAUCUGGCAUUCACAGGCGCUGUACAGUUGAAGCUGUAAGGUCAUCCUCCAAGAGGCCUUUCGAGCGGAGCUAUCACGUGACUUCUGGUGCCGAUGUGUCCUCAGAGGGUCUAGUCGUCCGGGCCCCUUAGCUGAUGAAAACAUCUCUGGAGAUGCAGGAAACAGCACUCGCUGUCGACUCCUCGGGUUUUGAAGCUUACCCACUUCAGGGAUUUGGCUUUGAUGACGUGCCUCCUGGUCUGCAAGUCUCAGCGCAGUCGGAGAGACCCGCUUGCUCAUUGCAGUGUUUUGAUAACUGCACCCCUUACCAACGCAGGGAAUCUGGUCUGCAGAAUACGGGCUGCUUAAGCGCAUGCCCACCAAAUGGACUUCCUCAAAGCUCUGCCAUUUCGACCCACAGUUCCGGCAGCUCCUUGCUACAAUCUGGGGUCGAAGAGGAAAGAAAUAAGAUCUCGUCCUCCAUUCAUAACAACAACUCCACUGGCAGCAAACAAAUCUUUCCUUGGAUGAAAGAUUCAAGGCACAAUUCGAAAGUAAAGCGCAGCCCCCCUAGCGCGCAUGCAGUUAACGAGGAAAGUGGGAACGGCAGGAAAAGCCCUGCGGCUCCCUCGGCUUCGAAAAGGGCUCGCACUGCCUACACGAGUGCUCAACUCGUCGAGCUGGAGAAAGAGUUCCACUUCAACCGUUACCUGUGCCGCCCACGGCGAGUCGAGAUGGCCAACCUGCUCAACAUUAGCGAGAGGCAGAUUAAGAUCUGGUUCCAGAACCGAAGGAUGAAAUAUAAAAAAGACGAAAAGUUUAAAGGGAUUUCUAUGUCGUCAUCUUCAGAAUCUUCUCCCAGCGGAAGCCCCACUCUCUACUCGCGAACAGGCUUUAUUAAUUCUCUUUCCUCAACUGGUCAAAGUGAAGAUACGUUUCUGGCAUCCUUUAACAAAUCUCAAUGCGGUGCGUAUGGUAUGCACUCCACAUACUCACAGACCCCGAAUUCUUGCCCCUCCCCACAAAAAUACUUCAAUUCGAUUCAGUAUGACCAUCUCGACCCAUCUAGUCGCAUUUAUAUAGCACCCGCUGUUCAGGGAAGUCCUGGGUUUGUGGGAGGGAGCUGUGAAAGUCCAGCACCUGUGUACAGAUUAAAUCACCUGUCACAGAUUGAGUGUCACGACCUCGAUAGCUCCGUGCAAGUGCCAGCGAGCCCACAAUACGAACUGUGCGAAUCAGAUGUGCCCUACACACAGCAAACACGAUACUCACCUCACCAUUCUCAGGACAGACUUCUUCAAGAUGAUAGAUUAACACAUUUGUAGUAAUAUUUGGGAUUGUCAUUAUGUUAGACAAUAUUUUCACAAUUAAACAAUGUACAGUUGACACUACUAUCAGUGGUCUCUUCAGGGGUAAAAUGAAGCAUGCACAGGUUUACCAAUGCUGAUAAUUCUGAACUGACAAUAAGCUAGGUUUAUGAUAUUAUUCAUAUAGUUUUAAUACUGUCGUCAUGUGGUGCAUUUGCAGUAAAUAAAAUGUAUUUAAAUGUUUAUUUAUUUAUGUUAAUUUUACUUGAAUUUCAAUUGUAUUUAUUACAACUACAAAGGUUUAGUUUCGAUGUAGGCUUGCCAUCCCAAAUAUUCUGAAAAGUGCAACCCAAAUGGUCCAAUGUUAAAGGAACGUUUUGUGUAGAAUUAGACGAUAUUUGUCUGCACGGAAUGUGUGUUUUCAGAUAGAUUCUUGAAUAAAAGUCGUCUGUUUUUUUGUCAAA